GCUGCUGCUGAGUAUGGGGGUGCUAGGGGAAGGAGAGGAGGAGGAGGAGGAGGAGGAGGAGGAGGAGGAGGAGGAGGAGGAGGAGGAGGAGGAGGAGGAGGAGGAGGAGGAGGAGGAGGAGGAGGAGGAGGAGGAGGAGGAGGAGCAGCAGCAGCAGCAGCUAGAGGUGGAGGAAUUUGAUGCUGAAGACUUGGCCCACCACCUCAAACCUUACACACGCCUCCUUCCCUCCUCGCUUCCUUCCAGUAACGUGAUCCACUCUCCCGCGCGCCCCACGGAACGCGCUACGCGGAAACUCUUCUGCAUCAGCAUGCAGUGCUACAGUUAGUGGCUUCUAGCUAGAACAGAACCGCCCCGCAAUCUGCAUGGCCUUUCCAAUCUGCGGACGAUCCCAUACUCAAAGGCGCAGCUGUCGAUCGUUCAAGAGCAGUUGCAAGUAACACAGCUGCGAACAAUUCAGUUGCGAAUAAACCGUUUUUCUAGUAAUACUCUAGCAUCGCACUUCUCCCACUACCUAGCUAGCGUCCCUUUUAUGAUGGCCCAUAUCGAAGAUCUCCCCGCAAUCUCCGGCGAGUUUUGGUGCGCCUUAGCCUGGGCUGCUGCGCAAUCGCCGACUGCAAGCCGUCAUCAUGUUCACCCCUUAACCGCGAGAAACGCCGCAGCCGCUGCUGCGACAGAAACAUCGGCUUCUUCCACCGCCUACGCCGCCGGCGCCGGCGCCGCUGCGGGGACGACUGUAAUGCGUCAUCAUGACGAUCGUGCCGAUGCGUGCCCGGCGUGGGAGGUAGCUGACUCGGACCUCGAUUUCAUCUUGGAGCUCGAUGAGCGGUGGGGCGACCUCGCCGCUUCCCAAUCGGACGGCGCGGCAGCGAGCAACGACGCAGCUGAUCGCGAAGGAAGUGGCGAAAUCCGCGAAAACGGCGAAAGUGGCGGUCGACUGCGGCGGAGCUCCAGCUGCACGAGCAGCGUCGCGAGUAGCGACGGUGGCGCCGUUGCUGGCGGCAGCGGAACCAUGCGCUUCGAUUAUGCCUCAGAAGUCACAAGCACACGCCCAAGAAAACACCCGGAGGGUUCGUUUGACCUGUUUCCUAGCCUGGUUCCUCAAAGUCCGUCGACGGGAUUCGAACUCGCGUCUGCGACGGAGUCACCGUUCAAGCGGCAGCGGCGUGAACUUGUGCCGUCGGUCACCGAUCUGGCUGUGGACCUCUGGCUGGCUGAAGCCGCGAGCGCUUUACGGCGACGGACCGAGCUAACGAGUUACUCGCAAGUUGUUCGCGGUACUGUUGAGGAGAUGAGUCGUAGUUCGUAUGUGGCCGAGUUGGAAGCGGAGAUUGCGGCGAUGGUGCCGGCAGAGCUUGACCAGAUGGACAUGGAUAUUAUUUUGGAUUUGGACGCGUGUCACGACCACUGACCGCAGAGUAGAUUUAUGCUUUGGGAAACUGAUAUAUGUUGUCACGCUACAAACUUUUAUAUGUAAAUGGUUUUCUAA